GGCCAGAGCGACUCUGCAGGGAGGUGGCAGGAAAGGCUCGGAACAGCUGCCGGAGGUGACGGAGCUCCGGCCCCGCCCGGUGUGCUGGAAGACGAACCUUCCAGGUAGCGGCCCGCAGAGUCUGACCCAGGCUCCAGAUAUCCUGAGCCCAGGUCCCCCCAGCUCAGUGCAGCCAUGAGUGCUGAGGUGAAGGUGACAGGGCAGAACCAGGAACAAUUUCUGCUCCUGGCCAAGUCAGCCAAGGGGGCAGCGCUGGCCACACUCAUCCACCAGGUGCUGGAGGCUCCUGGUGUCUACGUGUUUGGGGAACUGCUGGAUAUGCCUAAUGUUAGAGAGCUGGCCGAGAGUGACUUCGCUUCCACAUUCCGGCUGCUCACAGUGUUUGCUUACGGGACAUAUGCUGAUUACUUAGCUGAAGCCCGGAAUCUUCCCCCACUCACAGAGGCUCAGAAGAAUAAGCUUCGGCACCUAUCAGUUGUCACCCUGGCUGCCAAAGUCAAGUGUAUCCCAUAUGCAGUGUUGCUGGAGGCCCUCGCCCUGCGUAACGUGCGGCAGCUGGAAGACCUUGUCAUUGAGGCAGUGUAUGCCGACGUGCUCCGCGGCUCCCUGGACCAGCGCAACCAGCGACUGGAGGUUGACUACAGCAUUGGGCGGGACAUCCAGCGCCAGGACCUUAGUGCCAUUGCUCGAACCCUGCAGGAGUGGUGUGUGGGCUGUGAGGUGGUGCUGUCAGGCAUCGAGGAGCAGGUGAGCCGCGCCAACCAGCACAAGGAGCAGCAGCUGGGCCUGAAGCAGCAGAUCGAGAGUGAGGUGGCCAACCUUAAAAAAACCAUUAAAGUUACAACAGCAGCAGCCGCCGCAGCUACAUCUCAGGACCCUGAGCAGCACCUGACUGAGCUGAGGGAACCCGCCCCUGGCACCAACCAGCGCCAGCCCAGCAAGAAAGCCUCAAAGGGCAAGGGACUCCGAGGGAGCGCCAAGAUUUGGUCCAAGUCGAACUGAAGGGACUGUCGUUUCUUCUCUGGGAAUGUGGGGUCCUAGCUGCCUGCCUGUCCUUUAGGAGUCCUCGGCCUCCCUGUGCCCCUGGCCAGCUGAUAACCCUAGGUUCAUGACCCUUAACCUCCCUCUUCUCUCCCUGACCCCCAAUCAUAGAUCACACCUUCUCUAGGGAGGAGGCAAGUACAAGUCAUGUUUUUAUUGGUACUUUUGCUUUAUGUGACUUUAUUAUGUGUCCCAUUGUCUCCCUCCCCCUCCCUGCCAUGCUCUCUCCCUGUUUCUUUAAAAUGGGGGUGGGGGGGCAGCAUCUAUCCCUGUUUGUUAUCUGUCAUGGAGUAGGUGGGGCUGCUACUUCUCCAGCAUAACCCACACGUGUUUCUUCUCGCACCGCCCCAUCCUCGCAUGCCUAAUCCCCGGUUUGUACUCCUUACUGCCCCCUGCCUGUCUGGGCAGCAUCCGAAGAGCCAUAGGGCUUCUGCCUUUAUUCCCACCCGGAGAAUCCUGGGAGCCAGUCUGCCAUUCUCGGAGUCACUGGACACUUUCAUCCUAGAAUCCUGUCACACUAUAGUUGUUUCCUUUCCUCUCUCCUCCCCUUGGGUCCUGGGAAUGCUGCUGCUUCAAUGACCCCAGAGCCAAAGAAGGGCACCCAUCUCUUGACAUGUUGAGAGAUGGCUCUUUCUUAGCCCUGGCUAUCUUGGAAAGCCUGAUGGCAAUCCUGGAAGGAUUUAUACUCCUUUUGUGAGUUUGGUGGGGAAGGGAAGGGGAUAUAGAUUGUAUUAAAAAAAAGUAUAUAUAUACAUAUAUCUAUAUAUAACAUGGAACAGAAAUAAAUCUAUGAGAAGUCUAUCUACAAACAUGCCCGGAAAUGGGUAUCUUCUGUCUUUGAUAUGUGCAGAUGGGAAGAAGGCUCAUUGUCCGUCCACUCUAAAGCAAAGUGCUGGGAAGAGAAGAGAACCGGGUACUGGGUGCCGGGUCCUGGCCUAGGAGCCAGGAGACCUAGAUCUUGAGUCGUGUGACUUGGGACAGAUUGCUCAGUGUUCCAUCACUCACUCAGAAGCAGCGGAUACUUGGCGGAGCACCAACACGUGUAAAGCACUAGAUGUGCAAAAUGGCCGUCGCUGGCCCUCCUCUCGGAGCUGGGCUGCAGCCUGUUACCUUCCUUCCUGAAGAGUUAUAAGGGAGAGGAGUUGAUAAUAACCUUCAGGUUUUGCAUCAGAACCACACAGGACUCUGAGAUCUGCAGAAAGCAGCAGCACCGUCCACCAUCCUCCCGUCCACCAUCCAAGGCAGAGCUUCCCAUCCUGGGACGAUUGGUCUCCUUGGUCUAGUGCACUACUGUGCACUCUUUUUAGAAUUGCGAAGCUCGGGGCGCUUGGGUGGCUCAGUGGGUUAAGCCUCUGCCUUCGGCU